CGAUCCCUCGGAACACUUCGGUAACCUCUAGAAUGCGUAUGUAGCUUGCAAGAGACUCACCACGCACCUACAGUCGACAAUAGAGGAUACUUUGGAACUAUACCCAGACGAGCAGGGUGUGCCACCAUUUGAUCCUACAAACGAAAAGAAAGUCUCGCAAUUGUUUGAUUAUUAUGUCACCAACCAUAUGCCGACUCAUCUAUUAUAUAUUGGCGACUCGGAGAUCAGGAUAGUGGAGCGCGGAGAGCUGAGCAAACUCUUCAAGCCAAGAAAGCUCAACGAUGACGAGCUAAACAAGAUACAGUCCACUAAAGAUGCCAUACGUGAGCUUAUCAAACCCGCCCUCAAGUAUGCCAUCUUUUCGCACCGAUGGUUGCGCGAGGGAGAACCCACUUUUCAGGAUAUCCCUCACGGAUGGGAAUGCGACAAAGAUUGGUUUCAGAAGUUGUCAAAGUUCUGUAACAAGGCGAGGGAACUUGGAUGGCGGUUGGCAUGGUCGAAUACACCCUGCAUCGACAAAGAAUGCGGCAAAGAUGGGUUUCAGAAGCUGUCAAAGUUCUGUGAGAAGGCGAGGGAACUUGGAUACCAGUUGGCAUGGUCGGAUACAUGUUGCAUCGACAAAACGAACAGCACGGAGCUCGAUGAGGCUAUACGAUCCAUGUUCAAUUGGUAUCGUAAUGCAGAUAUCUGCAUUGUGCACCUCGCGGACUCCUCGAAUUCACAGCAGAUGAUGGACGACGCUUGGUUUACGAGAGGGUGGACUUUACAGGAACUCCUCGCAGCCCUUUCGAUUAAAUUCUUCGGAAAGAAUUGGGAACCUCUGUCCCACACGAGCCUCCCAAACGACAAACACGACGUUCAACUCAUGAACGAUAUAUCGACAAUCACUGGGAUUUCAGUCGAAGACCUCCAACACUUCUCCCCCGGACUGACUCAAAUUCGUAAAAAGAUGAAAUGGGCGUCCAAACGUACGACAACCAGGGUUGAAGAUGUGGCAUACUCCCUUAUUGGUAUCUUCAAUGUUAGCAUGACGACUGCGUACGGGGAAGGAGAAUGGGCCUUCCAUCGUUUGAUGGAGAUCAUCAUCCAGAGAUGCGAUGAAUGGGAUAUGUUUGCGUGGGCAGGGCCGUCUUCAAGCCAUAGCGCUGCCAUUCCCAGAUCGCCACGUUGCUACUGUCCAUUCGAUGCAUCUAAUUUUCCAGAGGAGCGGAAAGAUGGACAGAAUCGGGAGGUACACGGCGAUAACGAGUUUAUGUUGACGCGCCAGGGCUUGCAGAUCAAGCUCGUGGUUACCAAGGGCGAGUUACAGCCACAACGUGAUGGGACCUUCUGGUUCAUCGCACGUCCUAAAUUCACAACUGCCCCAUUUGCUCCAGUGGUUGUACAGACCUCUCGUUCGAUCGACAAUCGCGAGUUCAUGCUGGGAAUAGUUAACUAUGAACGAGAUCGGCACAAGGACAAGGAAGUCGGGGUGCUUUAUCCUAAGAAAGACUACCUCUGUUUCCUACUGGAUCGUGCUGGAGAGGGAAAAAAAUUGCACAAGGUGGAUACGAGCAAUGUGCUUACUGUACGUACGAUAUUCCCUGCGCAGCGCAGCCAAGAACCGCUUGUUGUAGUAUUGUUGUAAUGAAUGUCCACAUAUAUUGUGACCUGCCGCAAUCAAAGCUUUGAGCAGCACAUUCUGAAAACUUGAAUGGAUCAUAUUAUCUGUUAAG